AUGUCCGGAAGUGAGGAUAAUAGUAAGGAAUACGAUCGUCGUUCCGAUGACGAAGAAGUAUCAAAAGAAGAGAAAAAUGAUUCAGAAUCCAAGAGUAGCACUGUUACAAUUCAUGUUGGCAAUCUUUCUUUUGAUACAACAGAAGAGUCUCUCAAGGCCAAAUUCGCAGAAUUUGGCAAUGUCGUAACAUGCAGAAUUCCACGCAGGACAAGGACUGGUAAGUCAAAAAGUUUUGGCUUCGUUGAAUUCUCAACAAAGGAAGAUGCUGAUAAAGCUAUCAAAGAGAUGAAUGAGAAGGAGUUCGAAGGACGUACACUUAAAAUUGAGAUCUCAAAUGGCCUCAGUGAUAAGCCUCGUCGUGGAGAUCGCCGCAAUGAAGGACGUAGAGACCGCCGCCGCUAUGAUGAUUACGACCGCAGAGAUCGCCGUCACGAUGACCGCAGAAGCCGUCGCCAUGAAUAUGAUGAUUACGAUCGCAGAGAACGCCGCCAUCAUGAUUACGACGAUUAUGAUCGCAGAGACCGCCGCCGCGAUUACGAUGAUGACCGCAGAGAACGCCGCCGUCGCGACUAUGACGAUGACCGCAGGGACCGCUACUAA